GUCAAAUAAGGAGAUCACCAUAUUUUUUUACAAAUACCAUCUGUGUGAAAAAGCAUAGUGGACUCCGUGACUGAUGUUCUCUUAUUGUUCCUCUUAAUGUAAUAUAACAAAAACUUUAGCCACAGCAACGCGUGGCCGGGUCAGCUAGUAUAUAUAUAUAUAUAUUAGAUUAACUUUCUGACACAUUGAAAACCAGGAAUUGGGACUUUAUACAUUUACAUAUUUGUUUAAGAAAUAGAUAGAAGAAAUUGGAUUCGAUUCAUAUUUUUUUUUUCUAUACUUAUAAGGGCGUCAAAUUCAAAAUUGAUAUUUUAUUAUGCAUAUGUAUGCGUAUUAAAUCCCGAGCCCUGCUCGAUAAAACUGAUGAAUUACAUUUGGAAUUUAAUGUACAUCAAGUGGUUACCUACUUAUUCUAUAAUUUUCAUGAAAUAAUUUUUAAUUCAAUAUUAUGUUUACUUAUAUUAUAUGUUUAAUAUUGGAAACAAAAUAACAGACAAUUUAAAAGUAGUCGGGUUUGCUUAUAACAUGACAUUUAUAAAUUACGCUUUUGCAAUGAUGUUUAUAACUACUAAUUUGGGAUUCAAAAAAUUUGAUGAAGCUGUAUCACAAAGGUUAACCGAAGAUAUAUCAAAUGAGCAAAGAAUAAAGUAUGGUGAAUCACUGAUGGAUGAUAAUAUGAUUCGUAAAUAUAUACACGCGUACUACUAUGAAUGUAAAAGUUUUAAACCUAGGCCUCCCGUGUUAAUUCCAAGAGAAUUUUGUAUAGAACAAAUGAGAGAACGAAAGUGUAUAAAGAAACUCGUGGCGUAUUUAUUUUUAAACAGUAAGUUCAUGAUAUGAUUGACUAUAUUUUUUUAUAAUUAUUAUUU